AUGAACGGCUGGCUCAUGCUGGCCCUCGCUCGGAUUGGUCUGCUGACGCUUUGGCGGCGUGCACGAUGGCUGAUACUGCAAGUCUUGGUCUUCCUCAGGAUCGCUAGACCAGUCAAGCUCGUCUUCGCUGAGCAUCCGGCGAGGAUCGGCAAGACGACCUUGCGUCAGCUCGUCGAGGAACAAUGUCCCAGCUUGUGCGGCACAUACACCGCGCCUUGGCUUCUCCGCAAUGGCUUGUUACAUACUGUCUUCACGGCCAAGGCGGAUUUCUCCAAGAUGGACAACCUCAACUAUGAGCGCCAGUAUAUCAGGCUGCCGGAUGGCGGCACGAUAGGCAUGGACUUUUGCCCUCCUUUGACAGAGGCACAGGCAAUGCCAGAUGACGUUCCACUCCUACUGAGUAUGCAAGUGCUUUCUUACUUGCACGGCUUGAGUGGAGGCUCUCACGAGAGCUAUGUUCGCGGAAUCUUGGCACAAGCGUCCCGACCGGUAUCUCAAGGCGGCAAAGGCUGGCGUACGGUCGUUUUGAACUUCCGUGGGUGCGCCAACGUGCCAUUGACGAGCAAGAGGCUGUACAACUCUGGCGCGACGGAUGAUCUCAGACAAGGGCUUUGCUUCAUCUCGCAUGUACUUCCGCAAGCACCGCUACUCGGCAUGGGCUUCAGUCUUUCGGCCAAUCUCAUGGCUGUCUACGCCGGCGAACAAGGUAAGGAUACUCCGUUCAAAGCUAUUGCAGUGAUGGGAAACAUCUACGAUCUCUAUGCGAGCACGCUCAAGCUCGAAGCCUCACUGCCUGGCCUCAUGCUAUCAAAGGCCAUGGCGAGUAAUGUACGAACACUGGUCGAUCGACAUAGACACGCAUUCGAGGACGACAAGAGGAUCGACUUGGAAAGCUUAUUCGAUCGGCCGAACCUGACUCUGUAUGCUUUCGACACACUCAUCACUGCACCUGCAGCUGGCUAUCGCUCUGCCGAGCAAUACUACAAACAGUGCGGCUCCAUCAACUACUUGCAAGGUAUUGAGGUGCCUUAUCUGUCGCUGAAUUCGAUCGACGACCCCAUCAUCGAUGCACCCAGCAUACCGAGCAAACCUUCGCAGCUCUCGCCUUACAUGACUGUCGCCACCACGGAUCACGGCGGCCACUUGGGCUGGCAUCAGCAUGCAGUCCUCGGCCUGAUUCCCCGCAAGACGCGCUGGAUAACAGUGCCCGUGCUAGAGUUCUUCUCCGCUAUACUCAGCGCCGAUCCCACGCCUUCGCCUCAUCGCCGAACGCUGCCGCCUUUCUCGGGAAGGACAGCCUCGACAGGUACGGAAGUGCGAGACGCUCUGCGUGACGAUAUUGGCUUUGAACUUAUCGGGCACGAUACCUUCAAAGGCGGUUUGACAGAGGCAGACGCAUCUCAGGGACUCACGAGAGGCCUUUGA